UUCAUCAAUAGUAGUCCAUUUUGUCCUAAACAUGCUCGGAUUUUUAUCAUUAUCUUCUAUUCCGACUUUGGGCCAUUUAAUCUCGCUCAGAUUUAUCGCUACUGUCGAAAGGUGAAUAAGAAGCUCAAGAAUAGGAUUGUACAUUGUGCCUCCUCAGAGCCGAAAAAACGCACAAAUGCAGCCUUUCUCGUCGGAUGCUACCAGAUUAUUUAUCUCAAUCGAUCAGCUGACGAUGCUUACAAGUGUUUGUUAUCAGAAAAGGACGCCGCAUUUGGACCAUCCUGCUACCAUCUCAACCUAGUCAACUGCCUCCAGGCUAUCCAAAAGGCUGUCCAUCUGCGUUUUUUGGACUUCGAAAACUUCGACUUGGAUGACUACGAGUACAAUGAGAAAGUUGAAAACGGCGAUCUUAGUUGGAUUUUGCCGAAGAAGUUCAUCGCGUUCUCCGGACCACAUUCACGAACCAUGCUUGACAACGGUUAUCCUCUGCACGCCCCAGAGUUCUACUUGCCCUACUUCCGGAAACACAAUGUCUCCAACGUCAUCCGAUUGAACCAGAAGAUGUACGAGGCCUCCAGGUUCACGCGAGCUGGCAUCACCCACCAUGACCUCUUCUUCCCUGAUGGCUCUGUUCCCACCGAGGCGAUCACCCGACAAUUCCUCGAAAUCUGCGAAAAUGCCACCGGUGUUAUCGCUGUCCAUUGCAAAGCUGGAUUAGGCCGAACUGGCACCCUGAUUGGCUGCUACUUGAUGAAGCACUAUCGCCUGACAGCGGCAGAGGCGAUAGCGUGGAUUCGCAUCUGUCGUCCCGGCUCGAUCAUCGGUCGACAGCAGACGUGGCUCGAGGAACACCAGGUCUGGUGCUGGGAUGAGGGUGACGCCCAUAAAAUGCGUCGUCGGAGACAGGAGUCACCUUCGCCGUUGCUGAACCGAUUGCCUGCAGCAGAAGCUGGUGGUGAAUUCUCCCAACCGCCCGUUACCGCCACGACCUCACUCCCCGAUGAAGCUGACGAAGAGGGCUUGCCAGUGAUCCUAGUCAACCCCAAUCCAGAUCCCCCAGCUGGCAAAGCCCGCGUGCGUCUCAACGGCGAUGGCAAACUUGUGUACCACCACAAAAUCCAGAUCACUGGGCGGUCCCAGUCCCCACCUCCACUCACCACCAACGACACCGACGCUAACGACUCUGACACAGCGAAAGAAGGCACCUCAAAUCGCGCAAUGCUUGGCAUGCCAAUCAGCCGAUGUAAGUUGAUUAGGGUGCCUAGAGUCCUUGCAGCAAAGGGAACAGCUGGCUUCAGACUGGGUCUGCCUACCUUGUGUUAUUACCUCGGAUAA